UUUGCAGUGCUGCUGAAGGCUGGCAUGUCAGUGAAGCAGGCCAUCGUUUACAACCUGCUGUCUGCCCUCAUGGCGUACGUGGGCAUGGUGAUCGGCACGGCUGUGGGCCAGUACACUGAUAACCUGACUCCUUGGAUCUUUGCAGUCACUGCCGGCAUGUUCCUCUACGUGGCGCUGGUGGAUAUGCUGCCAGAGAUGCUUCACGGGAACAGUGAGGAGCUCCAGGAGUGCCCGCUGGGCUACUUCCUCCUACAGAACCUGGGCCUGCUGGUGGGGUUCGGCAUCAUGCUGCUCAUCGCCAUCUUUGAGGAUAAGAUAGUCCUGGACAUCCAAUUCUAGCCAGUCAAUGAGAGAGAGAGAGCGCGAGAGAGAGAGACCACAGGGGUGCUUUUAAACUUUUUUUGUUUUUAAGUUUUCAAAAGUCACUAGGCAGUAAUGACCUGAAAUAGAAAGUGAUACAAAGUAAAUAUAGACAAUAAUACAUUAUUUGAUAUAACUCUUGUACUUCACACCCAUAACCUAGUUGUUUUUUUAAUGUUGAUUAUGUCAGUCAGCAGCUUGCACUAGUUUUACUAGCACAUGUUGGUACCUUUCCUUCCCUGAGCAGCUCGAUUUCCCCCUAACAAGAUCAUCAAAUCUGGAAACAGCAUACUGCCUGAUUUUUAGCAAAGUUUUGCUGCAAAGCUUGAACAUUUUUGGAGCACAACAUUUUUACAGUUCAACACACAGGUAUCACUUUUAUUUGCAGCCUGUGAUUGCCUGUUAAGAGUCAUAGAAGCCUUGGCCUUACACUCCAACGAGUGUGAAAAUGACUUCAACCCCUUUAACACAGCACACAGAGCUACUGUUCAGGUACCGCCGACAAGUAAAGCAUACAGUAGGUCAUUCCAGUUGAGUGUGGGUUUUUUUUUU